AUGGACAGCGUCGACGCAUCGAUUCAGGGCAAGCUGGUGUGGUCGCCGACCGACCCCUCGGCCACCUCGAUGGACCGUUUUCGGCGAACCAUCAACUCUCGUUUCUCGCUCAACUUGCAAGACUACAACGAGCUGUGGGAAUGGUCCUGCGAACACCUCGAUGAGUUCUGGUCGACCGUGUGGGACGAGACCAACGUCAUCUCGUCGACCAAGGCGGUGAAAGCGAUCGAUGACAACGCGGAGAUCUACCCGCCUCCCCGAUGGUUUGAGGGUGCGAGGUUGAACUUUGCCGAGAACCUCCUGCGUCAUGGCCUACCUUCCUCCCCCCUGCGCGAGCGGGUUGCCGUCAUUCAGUCCACGGAGGUCGACACGAGCACAGGGGAGCUAGAUGAAACGAGCAUCACCUUUGCCCAGUUGUACGAGUUGACCGCCAAGGUCGCCGGUGCCAUGCGCAAGAGAGGGAUCAAGAAAGAUGAUUGUGUCGCGAGCUAUUCCGCCAACAACAUCGAGAAUCUGGUCGCCUUCCUGGCUGCAUCGUCCAUCGGCGCGGUCUGGACGAGCGCCGCAGCGGACUUUGGACCGGAAGGCGUGUUGGAGAGGUUGAGGACGGUGAGGCCCAAGAUGCUGGUCAGUGUCAAUGCGGUUCGGUAUAAUGGGAGGGUGCAUGAUCAUCUAGCGAAAGUGAGGGGGGUGGUGGAGGGACUGGAAGCCGAUCGCGGGGUAAACGAGCAGGCGUUGGAGAGCGUUGUAGUUGUCUCCUACGUCAAAUCACACCCGGUCCCAGAAACCUCCAAUGCAGGGACCGAGUGGUGUAGCUGGGACGCACUGCUGUCCGAAGGCGACGAGGGAGAGAUGCAGUUCGAGCAGCUCGACUUCAACCAUCCCUUAUGGAUCCUGUUCAGCUCGGGAACCACGGGCAAGCCGAAAGCCAUCACUCACCGCGCCGGUGGGAUGCUUCUCCAGCUCUCCAAGGAGCACAUCAUCCAUGGCGGGCUUACCACGGAUGACGUCUUCUUCCAGCACACCACGACGGGUUGGAUGAUGUGGAACUUCCUCAUCGCCGGACUCGUCGUUGGAUGUCCCAUCGUCCUGUAUGACGGAUCGCCGUUGAAACCCGUCUCUGUGCUAUGGGAUCUGGCGGCCAAGUGGGGCGUGACGACGUUCGGUACGUCCGCUGCGUACCUUGGGGCUCUCUCCAAGACCGACUACAAGCCUAUCGAGGCGCACCCGGAUCUCAAGGUCCGGCAGAUUCUCAGUACGGGUUCGCCGCUUCGUGCAGAGCUCUACCCGUACAUCCUGGAAAACAUCGGUGAUGUGCUCAUCGGAUCCAUUACAGGUGGUACGGACCUGUGCAGUCUCUUUGCGGGACACAACGUGGCCCUUCCCGUCCGAGCCGGCGAAAUUCAGGCGCGAAACCUAGGAAUGGCCAUCGGCGUCUACGACUCCACUUCUAGCAGUCUCGUCACCACGCCCAACACCGUCGGGGAUCUCAUCUGUCGUCGUCCCUUCCCAGCCCAACCACUGGGCUUCUGGCGUCAACCCGAGUCCAAGUACUUCGACUCCUACUACGCCCAGGUGCCGGGGGUUUGGUAUCACGGCGACUUUGUCUGUCUCUCCCCCCACGGUGGGCUGGUGAUGAUGGGGAGAAGCGAUGGGAUUCUCAACCCUGGCGGAAUUCGAUUUGGCAGCAGCGAGAUCUAUGAGCUCCUCGAAAGCCCCGAAAACCCCCUGGCAUCCACCAUCACCGACUCCCUCGUAGUCGCCCUCAAGACGAAAGCGGGAGACGAUGAAGUCGUAUGCCUCUUCCUCGUCCUCAGCCCGGUAGCGCGGAUCGAUUGGGAGGGCUUCAAAAAGACAAUUUCGAGUCUCAUUCGGACCAAGAGAAGCGCAAGACACGUACCGAGGUUCAUAGAGAGGGUCGAGGAGGUGCCGAAGACGUUGAAUGGGAAAAAGGUCGAGGUGCCCGUCAAGAAGAUUAUCAACGGUGCAAGUGUCGGGGAGAUCAACAGGGCUACGUUGGGGAACCCGGGGAGUCUGGACGAGUAUGUGGGAUUGGGGGAGCGAUUGAGGGGCCAGCUGUAG